AUGCGACCCUCCCUACGCCCGACAUGGCCCACAAACUCUUCGCUACUCGCAUGGCUUCCCCGAGCAACUCCGCACCGCGUCCCCCGCCGCAUCGCAACCACUUCCGCCCAUAAUGCAGCGCCUGUUGACCUCCCCAAGAUGGUACUUUCCCCUGGCUCUCCUCACCAUAACUCACUGCCCACCUUCCUCGAGUAUGCAAAGCGCAUCAAUCUAGCAUCGGAUAACACCGUCUUCAUUGGCACACACUACGAGUACACAAGCGCGCUGGCCCUCAUGCGCCUAGGCUUUUCGCUGCUACGCAUAGGACGCACUUCGGAUGCGGGCAUUGAUCUCAUCGGCCAUUGGGUCUUGGCCCCAUUGAGGGAGCCGCUGCCAGUCAUCAUCCAGUGCAAAGCGCGCAAGAUUUCGGUAAACCCCAGUCAUAUCCGCGAACUUGAGGGCUCCUUUUCUGGCAUACCGCCUGAUUGGACCAAGAAGGACGUGCUUGGAUUACUGGUAACGACAAAGAAGGCCACCAGAGGGGUGUUGGAGGCUGUGGGCCAUAGCCAUUGGCCCAUGGGCUUCGUCUUGAUCUCUCAGCAAGGUUUAAUACAGCAGUUUGUCUGGAAUCGCGCGGCGUGUGAUCGGGGGUUGGAAGGCGUGGGUGUUACGGUGAGGCACACGCCACGGAUCCUAUUACCCGACGCCGAGCACGAGACCGAGCAAGAUGAAUCUGGCACAGCGAGGAAGCGCGUGGCCAAGUUUCAGAAUGCCGGCACGAGGAGGGACAUUCAGUUGACAUGGAUGGGCUCACCUAUCUUUCCAGAAAGAAAGGAGCUGGAUCAGGCGACGCUUGGCCUCAUGCGACAAAUCCCAGCCGACGAACCUGCCAAAGUCGCCAAAGUUGUUAAAGUUGUUGAUAUGGGGAAACGGCGUCCAGGACGCCCAAAAGGUUCCAAGAACAAGCCACUUGUUGAAGCUAUUGAAACAGUUGGCCCGAGGCCCAGAGGCCGCCCAAAGGGUUCCAAGAAUAAAUCAACCCUUCAGGCCGAAAAAGAAGCUACAUACAAGCCCAGAGGCCGACCUAAGGGCACAACAAAACAUUAUGCGGAAAAGAUGCCAUUUCCACGGGGUGGUUUAGUUCCACGCACUCUUAAGAGCUACUGCGGCCGACCCAAAGGCUCCAAAACAAAGCGACGAACGACAGUUGAUGAUGAGUAG